GCAUGGGCGUGCACGUGCGAAGCAGGCAAGGCGCGCGAUGCCUCGCGCGCCAAGGAAUAGGAUAGCCGAGGGCGGCGCGCGUAGAGGCGGUGACUUGGACAUGCGCAAGGAGCUUCUAGAAGUACAUGGUGUGCAAGUCAAGACAUUAGGAGAUCUAGUAGAUUUAGGAUUUAUG